AUGAUGAUCGUGUACAUCGACGGCCACUCGCCGUGGCUCACCAUGGUGCGCCUCUCCCCUUCGGCGGCGCGCUGUGCCUCCUCGUCGCCCUCCCGUGCUCGCGACCUCCGCGCGCUCAUCCGGCGCAUCCGCACCGACCGCCGCCGUGCGCGCGCCCGCGCCCGCGCCGCCGCCACGGCGCUCGCGCUCCGCGACGACGCCGCGCGCCGCCGCCGCGAGCAGUUCGAGUUCUACUACCGCGAGUUCUACCGCGAGGCCUACUACGACCGCCAGCACCCCCCGGACACGCCCCGCGCGCACCGCCGCGAGCACCGCGACCACGACGGCCCCCGCCCCCCGAGCACGAGCGCGAGCACGGCGCGCGCCCCAGCAGGACCGCGCGGACACCCCGCGAAGCCGCAGCACGCGAUCGCGCCCGGCGGCGCGGGGGACGGCGUCGAGCGCAUCUACACGCCCGGCGCGCUGUGCACGCUCGUCGCGGCGUACCGCGAGGUGCGCACGAUGACCCUCGUCGUGCCGGAGCGCACGAUGACUUGGCCAGGCGCCGAGGCGCCCCGGCGCACGAAGAUCACGUAG